AUGCAAGAGUCAUCAUCGUCCCACGAAAAUCAACAACAGGAUCAAAUUUCCAUCGGAGAGUAUUUUGUUGUGUUUGGUUUUAUGAGCUUCUCCAUUCUGAUCCAUCUAUUUCUUCCAUUGCCAAGUCUUUAUGUAUUCAAAGCUUAUUUAAUUUAUUUUGUCUUGCAAUAUGCCAUGGCACGGUUUUUACCAGGUAAAAGAGUGAAAGGCUUGCCUUUGGAAGAUGGAACUGUACUAGAAUAUAAUUGCAAUGGGUUGCAGGCAUAUCUAUUAACGUUAGCAUUGUUUUUUACAGGCGGUUAUUUGGGUUGGUGGAGAUACUCAAUUGUAUAUGAUCACUUAUUGGAAUUCGUUGCUGUAACAAGCAUUUUCCAUUGGUGUUAUUGGAUUAUUGUAUUUAUUAAAGGAAGAAUGUUAAAAAAGAGAGAAUACAAUGAUGGAUUAUUGAGAGAAAUAUGGUUAGGUGCUGAAAGAAAUCCUCGAAUUCUUGGAGUGGAUUGCAAAUUAUUCUUUGAUGGAAGGCCAAGCUUAUUGACAUGGGUUGUGGUUGCAUUCUCAUAUGCUUCUGUACAAUAUGAAAAGUAUGGUACCAUUAGCACACCAAUGGCAAUGUAUUUAAUAUCUUCUUUCCUGUACAUGCUUGACUUUUUCGUCAAUGAAGAUCAAUUCAUUACUGGUUUUGAAAUUUAUCAAGAGAGAUUUGGAUUCAUGUUGUGUUGGGGAAACUUUGUAUGGAUGCCAUUUGUUUGUACUGCCCAAGCUUAUUAUCUCAUUGAAUGGAGUGAACUUCCAUUAUGGGGCAUCAUUGCUGUAUCAUUAUUGUGGGUCUUUGGAUACAUAGUUGCAAGACUCUCCAAUGCACAAAAAGACAAGUUUAAGAGAGAUCCAAAUGCUCCCUUCCUUGGAAUUAAACCCAAAUAUAUUGAGACAGAUCAAGGAAGAAAAGUAUUGGUCAAUGGUUUCUGGGGUCUCUCUCGCCAUCCCAACUACUUUGGUGAGUUGGCAAACUCUCUCAGCUUUGGUCUCAUGUGUGGUUUCGAUAAGGGAAUUUUCCCCUACAGUUAUAGCAUAUUCAUUUGGGCUUUGUUAUUCACUCGAUACGAGCGAGAUCACCGAAAGAUGAAACAAAAGUAUGGCAAAUCCUUCGAUAGGUAUUGCUCCAUGGUACCUUACAAAAUUAUUCCCUAUGUCUAUUGA